GAACGUAAUCAAUUGCUACAAGAAUUAGGCGAAAAAGAUGAAUAUAUUCAUGAUCUAAAAACAAAAACUAGUCGUCUUGAAUAUGGUGCUCGUCAAUUCUUGGAUAGUAUCAAUUUAUGUUUAAAUUAUUUAAAAUCUGCUCAAAAUAAUCAAAAAUCUCGUAAAAGUUACAAAAGACCUUCAUUACCCGUACGACAUGAUUCAAAACUUCUUUCUUCUAAUAACGAUUCUGAUUAUAAAGUUGAAUUAGUUAUCCCUCAACUUGAUCCUGUCUCUGAUAAUGCUGUAAAUAAUGUUAUUACAAAUGUUUCUGUAAAUAAUAACCGACCAGUUCUCCAUAAUAAUUCUCGAAGAGAAUCUAUUAAUUCUCGAAGAGAAUCUAUUAAUUCUCGAAGAGAAUCUAUUACUGGUAGUCAAAUUUCGCUGGACGAUAUACCUGAUCUUGAUGAUUAUGAUUUGGAUGGUUCGGAAGAUAUUGCUGAUUUUGAUGCUUUUAUUUUUGAAAAUCAUAUCAUUUCUCAAUUUCAUGAAGAACCUGAAGAAAUUGAUUAUGAUCAGGAUGGUGACGAUCAUAUUACAAAUGAUAUUUUACGUCCUUCUAGUUCCGUUUCUAAAUCUGAAAAUUUCUGCUCCAGUUGCAAUACUUUACUCGCUCAAGUUGAUCAACAUAUUGAAGAACGUGCUUACCUUAAACGUGAUCUUUCAGCUUUGGCCAUUUCUCUUUCUGAUGAACAAUCCCUUUGCGCAAAAAUUCAAUCAAGUAAAAUAUCUUUGGAACAAGAAAUUGAUGAUUGGAUAAAUGGAAUGUUUGAAAAAAUUAAUCAAAUGGUAUUUGAUGAAGCUAAUACUCGUGAAGAAUUAGAGCAUUUAAAUAGAGAAACUAAAGGCAAAUUAGAAAAUGCUUUGAAAUCUUCUGGAAGCAGACAAAAUAGAUUAAGAGAAAUGAAAACAUUAUUGGUUCAUUUAGAUUCUACUAAACAAAGACAAGCUGCUCCUCCAUUAAAUGUUCGG